GCUCGGAGGCGGCGCCUCGUCGGUGUCGCGCCCGCCGCGUUGCCAUGUUGGCGGAAGAGCCGCCGCUGCCGCCCGCAGCUCGGGGAGCCGGGAGCCGGCGCGGAGAGGAGGGGCCCGGGGCCGGCCCGCGCGCGGGGAUGGAGGCGAGGGGCAUGUGCCUGCCCCGCGGGCCCGGAAACCUCUGCUUCGACAAGGACGAGUUCAUGAAGCCAGACUUUGAUGUCGAUCACUUUGUGUCUGACUGCAGAAAGCGUGUCCAGUUAGAAGAGCUCAGAGAUGAUCUGGAGCUCUAUUACAAACUCCUUAAAACUGCCAUGGUAGAACUCAUAAACAAGGACUAUGCAGAUUUUGUUAAUCUUUCAACAAAUCUGGUUGGCAUGGAUAAGGCCCUCAAUCAGCUUUCAGUGCCGUUGGGACAGUUACGAGAAGAGGUCAUGAGCCUUAAGUCGUGCGUGAGUGAAGGAAUUCGGGCAGUAGAUGAACAUAUGUCUAAACAAGAGGAUAUCAGAAGAAAAAAGAUGUGUGUCUUGAGACUUAUUCAGGUUAUUCAAUCAGUUGAAAAAAUUGAGAAAAUUCUACACUCCCAAAGCUCUAAAGAAUUGUCCUUAUUAGAAGCAAACAGCCCACUUUUGACUGGACAGAUUUUAGAGAGAAUUGCCACGGAAUUUAACCAAUUACAAUUUCAUGCAGUACAAAGCAAAGGAAUGCCUCUUUUGGACAAAGUGAGACCACGUAUAGCUGGAAUAACAGCUAUGUUGCAGCAGUCUCUGGAAGGGCUGCUCUUGGAAGGCCUUCAAACUUCCAAUGUUGACAUAGUACGUCAUUGCUUACGGACCUAUGCAACAAUUGACAAAACACGAGAUGCAGAGGCAUUAGUUGGCCAGAUUCUUGUAAAACCAUACGUAGAUGAGGUGAUUGUGGAACAAUACAUUCAAUCUCAUCCCAGUGGCCUGCAGGCCAUGUACAAUAAACUGCUGGAGUUUGUUCCUCACCAUUGCCGUCUUUUGCGUGAAGUAACAGGGGGAGCUAUGUCAAGUGAAAAAGCAAAUACCGUUCCUGGAUAUGAUUUUUUAGUGAAUUCAGUGUGGCCAGAAAUAGUACGUGGCUUAGAAGAAAAAUUACCAUCACUUUUCAACCCUGGAAACCCAGAUGUAUUUCAUGAGAAAUACACUAUAAGCAUGGAUUUUAUACAGAGAUUUGAACGACAGUGUGGAUCGCAGGCCAGCGUGAAAAGAUUAAGAUUGCAUCCUGCCUACCAUAGUUUUAACAAUAAGUGGAAUUUGCCUGUUUAUUUCCAAAUAAGAUUUAGAGAGGUAGCAGGAGCCUUAGAAGCUGCACUUUCAGAUAGCCUAGAAGAGGCACCAGCUGGAAGCUCAUAUUGCCUUUUGGCCACUCACCUGGUAUGGGUGAGUCUUCUGAAGUGUUGGUCAGAUCAGAUGUUUUUACCCUUAUUAGCACACCGCCUUUGGAAAUUUACACUGCAAAUUUUAGCACGCUACUCUGUGUUCGUUAAUGAGCUUUUGCUCAGGCCCAUCUCCAAUGAAAGUACAAAGGACAACAAAAAAUCUGUGGCAACCGGUAGCAAGGAAUCCUCUGUAAACCCAAAUCCCAGUGAGGACCAGGGAAAUGGUGCUUCUCCAGAAACACAGCGUUUACCUUCUAUAUCCAAUACUCAGUUGGUGUAUGUUGCUGCAGAUCUGGAUAGACUUAAGGAGCAGCUUCCUGAACUCUUGGAAAUUAUCAGACCAAAACUUGAAAUGAUUGGCUUCAAGAAUAUGUCCUGUAUCACAGGAGCCUUGGAAGACUCUCAGGCUUCUUUAUCAGCCUCCAUGCCUACCUUGAAUAAUAAAAUUAUUCAGGAUUUGAGUGAGUCCUGCUUCAGUUAUCUGAAAAGCGCUCUAGAAGUACCAAGACACUAUAGAAGAACCAAUAAGGAGGUGCCAACUAAAGCAUCACCUUACGUUGACAGUGCUCUUAAACCUUUCUACCGACUGCAGAAUGAGUACAAGGAUAUGUUGAAGCAACCCAGGAUUCAUCAAUGGUUGGAAAGUGCCCUAUCUGAAAGCACACAAAAGUAUUAUGAAACUGUAUCAGAUGUUUUGAGCUCUGUAAAGAAAAUGGAAGAGAGCCUGAAAAGACUCAAACAGGCCAGAAAAACUGUAAUUCCAAACCAUGUUAGUUCAAACGGGGGCAUGAGUGAUGAUAACAAAAUCAGACUACAGUUGGCCCUGGAUGUUGAGUACUUGGGAGACCAGAUGCAAAAGAUGGGAUUACAGACAAGCAACAUAAAAAGCUUUUCAGCUCUUCUAGAGCUUGUUCUAGCUGCCAAGGAUCAGACUACAGUGGAACAACCUUAAAUAUAUUUGAAAACAAGUCCUGAGGAUGAACCACGUCUCCAAAAAUGGGAGGGAAUUAUUUCCCUCUUCUUUCUUUUACCAAACACUAUGUAGCAAUGAAGUGCUUCCUAAUGCGUCUCCAGCAACAAGUCAAUGCAUCUUCUGUCAAGAUACCCAAAGACUUGUUUCAACAAAAAAUUACAAGAGAGCAUUCAGUGUAGUUUUCCAUUGUAUGGAAGGCAGUUAAAAGCAUUCUAAACUUUCUACUUUAGAUUAAAAGCAAAGCAAAUGUUUUUAUUUUUAUUGUAAAUCUUAGUGUGGAAGAACUGACUUAAUGAUUAAAAUAAUAAAUUGUCUUCCUAAUUGUAUCAUUGAGUGGGGGAAGGAAUGGUGCAGUGGAGUACAUGGGUUUAGGGGUUUUUCAUCAAAAUGUUUAAAUUCUGAGUCCUCUUCAAACUCAAUUUUUAAAUGGUAGUCCUAUGUGCUGACAUCUAGUAUAAAAAUGUGCCACUCGUGGCUACUUUCAGACCUCUAGAACUAAUGGAUACAUAUACAAGGGGAAAACUCUCCUGGAAUAAAGAAACUGUUCACUGGAAUUGAGAACAUUUUAUUUCUAGUUAUUGUAAAAUUAUCACAAGUGUAUAUUUUCCCCUCCGAGUUGGAUCUUGCUGAGUCCUGUGGAAGAACUGAAAGCUUUUAUUGUCCCUUUAGCUGAAUUUUUCUCAGAGCUUAUUUUAUGACACUUCUCACCCAGAAGCAUCCUGAAGCGCUUCACAUAUUAUGGAUCAUUUUAUCCACCAGUGAAAUGUAACCACACCUGGGAUGAAACUCACAGUAUUAACAGUGCUUAGCCAACACUACACUGCAAAAUUUUAAAAUGGCAGGUGAAGACUGGUUAGUUGCACCCAGUCUGGAAUUUAAUCAGGUCACCAGAACGAAUGCUACUCACUUACUGUGAGUGAGUAGUAGAUGCUUAAUUCUAAGAAGAAGCAUUUGCUUCAGUAUAUUCAGUAUGCAGAGGUGUUCUGCUCUGUAAUCCCAGCACAUCAGACCUAGCUUCUUCAGUGGAACAAAUAUUACUGUACUUCUGUGAAAUCAGGCUUAAUAUUGAUUAACUGGGUGAAGGAACUAGGAGAAUUGCUGAUCACGGUUUGAGUGGCGUUCAAGGUGCUGGCUUUAACCUAUGAAGACCUGAAUAGUUUGGGGCCUAGUUAUAUGAGGGACUGCAUCUACUCAGGCUGUACUGCCAUAGUUGAGAUCAACAGCGCCACUCAAGUUAGAGCUCUCUCAAUAUAAAUGAGGGGAAGAUGGUUUCCCAUAAGGGUCUUGACACUAGGAUUCUCCUUGGUCCAGAGUCUGCAUUUACUAACCUGCCAGAAGCACUGCACAGCCCACCUCUUUUCAGACAUCGAGCAAGGCUGAAGACUUGCAGUGAAAGAGUUGGAGAUGAUAGAAUGUCUACAUGGUGUUUCAUGCCAUGUCUGGGUAGAGCGUAUAGUUUUUGUCAGAGGGUAUUACUUGGAGAUGGUAUUGUAUUUAAAAAUAUACUAUGAAAAGUUUUAAUUUUCUCAAGGUUUCUCAGGCUUUGGGUGUUUCCUGAAGCCCUACUAGGUCCAGUUGUUUUACAUGUAAAAGGCGAUAGAGAACGGGGCUUUUUACAGUAGUAGCAGCAGUGGUUUGUUUUACAAAGAUGUGAUUGAUAGACAGCACUGUGUGGAACCCACCAUGUGCUUGUCCUGACAAGCAGACUGAUAAGUCAGUACCUUUACUGCCCUGGAUUGAGGACUUGUAAUGCCUUGGACUGAACUAACGCUGGAUUUUGUGUGUAAAAUGGGCUAUGCAUGACUGUUUGCUAGGCUUGUCACUUUUCUCAAAUAUAAUUGAGUCCUCUUCCUAUCUUUUUAAUAAAAUGCAGUUUGAAUUUUGCUAUUCUCAAGCUAUAACUGUCAGCUUCCCACUGAGUUUCAAAUACAGCAUGUGACAUCCUGACUGAACAAAAGAAUACAUUGUGUAUUUUGGCAGUGUGUUCAGUAUAUAGUUUGCAGUAAGAAUUUUUCACCUGUUAAGAAUCCACCUUUUAAUUUAAAUUUAAUAGAAUCUGGCCUCCAUUUUCUAGACUUACAAUAUUACUGUCUCAAUUUCUGUAAAAUAGUGGAAAAUAAUGUCUGACUGGUAGCCAUUGAUUGUAAUUUAAAUUGCAGUCAGCAUCUCUUCCUGAAAGCCAGGAAUAAUGCCUUUGUUAGUGCUGUGGAAGUUGGACAUAUUUUUUUAAGAUUUGUGGAACCACUUUUUACUUUGUGGAAUGUGCAUGGAUUUAAAUUCAAGUAUAUUCCUGACAUAAUAGUGAAUUCCAAAGCCUGCAUGGGCCACUAGGUGCAGAUGGAAUAUUUUGUGCUUUAUUUGCCAAAUCUUUUUCUCUAAACCACAAGGCUCUUUCCUCCUCUCAGGACCCCCCACGUCCAUUUGUGUAUAUAGUUCAAUUUCGUUUCUGCUCAAGACCAGUUUUAAAUUGAGAAGAGGAAGCAAUGACCAUAUAGCAAACAAGUGAAGACUUAAAGGCUCUUCUGGCUGUUAUACAAAUGUAUAUUUACAUCCGUUUUCUACGUCAGUAUCCCUAGUCUCUUCUAUUUUUGAUAAAGAAAGGAGAGUAGCAUUUCAAUAUCUUUUGAUGAGAUUUGCAAUAAUCUCUUACAAGAUGCCAGAUGAGAGGUGAAGUGGUCCCCUCUUUGAAAGCUGUUUAACAAGGCACACUUUCCAAAUAGUGUAGGGGAACUGGAACAGGAGAAUCUAUCUUGUCUCUACAGUGAAUACUUAGAUGAUGGAACGUUUUCCUCCUUCUUUCAAAAACUCAUUGGAUUUUUCAGGGAACAUCUAGUUAUGAAAGAUCCCGAUUCUGCACCCUACCUCUAGUCCUCUUUUAUCAUAGAUUUUUACACAACUGGCUACUCCUAGCAACUGAGCAUUUUCUGUAUAAAGUACGGUAGAUUUGUGGUCUCAAAGGCCUUAAUGGACUUCUUGAAGAGUCUGGCUCUUCUCACUUUUUAGUUUACGGAAAAGUCUUGAAGUAGAGUUUCUUUUGGUGCGAGGGAUGGUUGCUGUGAAUGUCAUGGGUUAUGACUGAAAAGCUUUAUUAAAGAAGCUUUUGUAUUUUUCUAAAGGUUGAUUGAAGUCUGGAUUCUUCUGAUCUCCAGAAGUUUAUUCCACAGCCAGAUCCUCUCAGCUGAGUGUACUGUUUUCUCAUUCUCCUCUUCUAUCAAUCACCACAGUUCCACACUUUCUUCAGGUGGGAAGAAAGAUGGUCUUGUUUUAAAUAGAAAAUAGCUUACAUCAACAUUAAUAUAUUAAGUUAAUCAAUUAGCUCAGUAUCAGAGGGGUAGCCAUGUUAGUCUGAAUCUGUAAAAAGCAACAGAGGGUCCUGUUAGUCUUAAAGGUGCCACAGAAGUAUUGGAGCAUAAGCUUUCGUGGGUGAAUGGCCACUUCAUCAGACUUUCACCCACGAAAGCUUAUGCUCCAAUACUUCUGUUAGUCUUAAAGGUGCCACAGGACCCUCUGUUGCUUAAUUAGCUCAGUGUUUAACUACUACAUUCUAUGGACCAUUGUUAGGGGAUAUGGCAGAGAAAGAAGACUCUCAAUCUGCCACUGCAUUGUUUGCUGAAUAUUGCAUUUUGUGAACUAUUGGUGAGCCACAAACUUCAGCUGAGAAGCCUGAAAUCCCCACAGAGUAGGGCAUUAUUGUACUAAUCAAAAGGCUUUGAGGAAUUUAAUAGAAAAAACAGGACUAUAGAAAGGUAUUUAAUGUGAGAUAAGUAAUAUGGCAGUAUCCUGAGUCUUGACACAUGAAUGGGAAAUUAUAGAUAAAGAAUGUACUUGUGAGUAAUAGAAAAGCUUAAUGCCCCAGCCGUCUUUUUAAAUAAAAUGUUUGUUUUGUUGAGAAAUGGCAGACCUAAAAUGUGAUGUUUUUUGUUUGUGGUAUGCCUAAAUAGAAUUUAUAGUGCAGUUGUACACUGUAAAAUAAGAUUAAUGUAAGAAUGGCCAUACUGAGGUCAGACCAAAGGUCCAUCUAGCUCAGUAUCCUGUCUUCCAACAGUGGCCAAUGCCAGGUGCCCCAGAGAGAAUGAACAGAACAGGUAAUCAUCAAGUGAUCCAUCCCCUGUCGCCCAUUCCCACCUUCUGGCAAAUGGGCUAGGAACACUAUUCCUGCCCAUCCUGGCUAAUAGCCAUUGAUGGACCUAUCCUCCAUGAAUUUCUCUAGUUCUUUUUUGAAUCCUGUUAUAGUCUUGGCCUUCACAACAUCCUCUGGCAAGGAGUUCCACAGGUUGACUGUGCAUUGUGGAAAUAAAUACUUCCUGUUGUUUGUUUUAAACCUGCUGCCUAUUAAUUUCAUUUUAUGACCCUUAGUUCUUAUGUGAAGGAGUAAAUAACACUUCCUUAUUUACUUCCUCCCACACCAGUCAUGAUUUUAUUAACCUCUAUCAUAUUGCCCCUUAGUUGUCUCUUUUCCAAGCUGAAAAAUCCCAGUCUUAUUAAUCUUUCCUCAUACAGCAGUUGUUCAUACCCCUAAUAAUUUUUGUUGCCCUUUUCUGAAACUUUUCCAAUUCUGAUAAAUCUCUCUUGAGAUGGGGCAAUCACAUCUGCAUGCAGUAUUCAAGAUGAUAUUUUCUAUCUUACUAUCUACCCCUUAAUGAUUCCCAACAUUCUGUUCGCUUUUUUGACUCCCGCUGCACAUUGAGUGAAUGUUUUCAGAGAAAUAUCCACAAUGACUCCAUAUUCAUUCUCUCCAUAAGUCCUGCACAAAUAUGCUCAGUUUAGAGAGCUUUUCUAAAUGCCAGCUUCGCAGAUUCACCCUUGGGCAUGAAAAUCAACCUGGGUUCUUCCUGGCUUAUGCAGCAUCCCCAGUCCUAAAGAUCCUGCAGCUUUACCAAUUCUGGUGGUGAGCCAGAGAGGAGGCGAUCUUUCUCUCGUGGCUUUAUUGACUCUGCAGGGUGAAGGAGAGUAAAAGGUAGUUACCUUUUAAAACUCAUAACAGACAAUGGGAACAAAUGGAAGUACAGUGCAUUUUUAUAUAGUCACCGAGCCUUUAAAUGCCAUGUAAGCUUGCAUCUCAUCCUCACAAUAUUGCAGUGCUUGAGCCAGCAUUUACCACUUCCUAGCCUUCACUAUUUACUCAUAAUCCACUCAUUUUUGCCCGUAGCAGUGUAUCCUUUUCCUCUGGUGCAUGUGCUCUCCUUUCCUCCUCACUAAGCAUCCACUGCAUGGGACCAUUGCUAUGCAUCUCCCCUUCUGCUAAGUGCUCUCAUUUACCUGGGCAGAGCAGGGAAGUCAGACAAUAUGGAAUUCCUUGUUUGUGGAUAGUGCUUUCUUGCAACAGAACUCCCUAGCACCACUGCUAGGAGAGCUGUCUGUUUGCUGAAUGAUGCAUGUGGGGUAAUACAAUCUUCACCAGGAAAAUAAAGCCUCUUGCGCUUUGAUGAUGGGAAGGGACAGGUUUUUAAAUCAAUACCAGAGUUCUGAAAGUUUGGCAGUUGUCUCUAUUACACUGGCAUCUAUGCUCGUGCGCAUGGUGUGCUAAGUUACAGCUUAACUUCUGUUGUAAAAUGUGAAUCUAAGAUUUACAGCAAAUCUCAAAAGUGGGAAUGAAUGAGGGAUCCAGUUAUAAACUGUACGUUAACUAUAGUACUGACAAGGUCCUUUGUAAAUGUUUUAUUUGAAUUUUUCCUAGUUUAAAAAUAUUUAAAGUAAAAGUUGCUUGUGUAAAUGCAAGCACAGUAUUUAAAUGUUAGUGUCUUCUGGAAUACAUACAGCAUAAUCAACUAAAUAUAUAGAUACUGCAUUUGAAAUCAUAGUCUUUCCAGGUUUUGCUGUAUUAGUUACUCUUGUCUAUUAGGAUGUGUAAAAGGUUGCAUUCUGGACCAUUUUAGCACUAUUUGCAACCUUAUCUCGCAUGUAGUGGCACUUACUCAUGUCACAAAUCCCAAAUUACUUCCAACGGGACUAUGUGCUUGAGCUAGAACUACUCAAUGAGAGUUAAGAAUUACAGAGCUGGGCCCUAAAUAGUAGUACAGUAGUUUCUUCCAUGAAGGUCAUUGUAAAUGUGUAUAAUAAAUGGCUCUCAAUGUAGAUGUCUAAAUAAUGAUUUGUGGUUUUAAAAAUCAUCAUCUGAACUUUUCUAGUGGAAAAAUAAGGCUUUCCAAAGAGGUGUGUGUAAUAACGUUGCUCUUUCAGUUCAUCAGUGCAAACCAAGCUUAUUUUAGUUUCCCAAUACAGGUAGGAAAUGCAUAUAAUUUUCCAUUUGGAGGGAGGGGGCGGGGGAGAGAAACAUCCCAAAAGCAUGCUCACAUGGUAUUGUUUUAAUACUACUUCUGUAAUACAAUUUGUGCUGCUCCCACACAACCACCCAACUUUUCAAAUGUAUAAAAGAGCUGAAGAUACCCCUUCUUUAUAUUUCUCUGCAGUAAAACACCAGUUAUGUUAAGCAGUCAAACUUCACAAUCAUUAUGUUCCCAACAGACAGACAGAAAAGGUUUUUCUCCCUCUCAGUGGAUGACUAAUUGGGGGGGGGGGGAAA